AUGGCCUUGAGCAAAGGGUCCUCGCGCUGCCUCCUGCGCCCAUCCCUGGAGGUGGCCAGGCCAGGUCUGGGAAGGCUCCCAGUCAGCUCUGCCUUCGCCACAGGAGGCCCGGUGACGGUGCUGCUGUUCGUGUGCUGGGCGGCGACGGGCUGUGGCGGCCUGGAAAGCAUGGAGCCCGGAGCGCCGGGGGACACCGAGAGCCUGCGGUGCCCCGCCGUGUGCGCCUGCAGCUAUGACGACUACACGGACGAGCUCAGUGUCUUCUGCAGCUCCCGGAACCUGACGCAGCUGCCCGCCGGCAUCCCCGAGGACGCCAGGGCCCUGUGGCUGGACUGCAACAACCUGACCAGCAUCCCCGCGGCCGCCUUCCAAAACCUCUCGGGCCUGGACUUUCUCAACCUGCAGGGCAGCCGGCUGGGCAGCCUGGAGCCGCGCGCGCUCCUGGGCCUGGGCGCGCUCUACCACCUUCAUCUGGAGCAGAACCAGCUGCGCGGCCUGGCGGCCGGCACCUUUGCACACACCCCAGGCCUGGCCUCCCUCAGCCUGCACCACAACCUGCUCAGCAGGCUGGACGAGGGCCUCUUCGCCGGCCUGCCUCGCCUCUGGGCCCUCAACCUUGGCUGGAACGGUCUGGCCGUGCUGCCCGACGCCGCCUUCCGGGGCCUGGCCGGCCUGCGCGAGCUCGUGCUGGCCGGCAACCGCCUGAGCUACCUGCAGCCGCCGCUCUUCUGCGGCCUGGACGAGCUGCAGGAGCUGGACGUGAGCCGGAACGUGCUGCGCGGCGUCAAGGCGGGCGUCUUCGUCAAGCUGCCCAAGCUGCAGAAGCUCUACCUGCACCGCAACCUCAUCGCCAGCGUGGCGCCCGGCGCCUUCCUGGGCCUGCGUGCCCUGCGCUGGCUGGACCUGUCGCACAACCGCGUGGGCAGCCUCUUCGCGGAGACCUUCCCGGGCCUGCUGGGGCUGCGCGUGCUGCGCCUCUCCCACAAUGCGCUGACCGGCCUGCGGCCGCGCACCUUCAAAGACCUGCACUUCCUGGAGGAGCUGCGGCUCGGCCACAACCGCAUCCGGCAGCUGGCCGAGCGUACCUUCGAGGGCCUGGGCCAGCUGGAGGUGCUCACGCUGGACCACAACCAACUCCAGGAGCUGCGGCCCGGCACCUUCCUGGGGCUCACCAAUGUCGCCGUCAUGAACCUCUCGGGCAACUGCCUGCGGAACCUGCCGGAGCAGGUGUUCCGGGGCCUGGGCCAGCUGCACAGCCUGCACCUGGAGGGCAGCUGCCUGGGCCGCGUGGGCCCGCACACCUUCUCGGGCCUGGCGGGUCUGCGCCGUCUCUUCCUGCGCGACAGCGGCAUCGUGGACCUCGACGAGCAGAGCCUGCAGGGGCUGCCCGAGCUGCUCGAGCUGGACCUCACCACCAACCGCCUGACGGACCUGCCACGCCAACUCUUCCAAGGCCUUGGCAAGCUCGAGUACCUGCUGCUGGCCGGCAACCGGCUGGCGGAGCUCGCCCCGGACACGCUCCGGCCCCUGCAGCGCGCCUUCUGGCUGGACUUGGCGCACAACCGCCUGGAGGGCCUGGCCGAGGACGUCCUGGCGCCCCUGGCGCAGCUGCGCUACCUCAGCCUGGGCAACAACUCCCUGCGUGCCUUUGUGCCGCAGCCCCCUGGCCUGGAGCACCUGUGGCUCGAGGGGAACCCUUGGGAUUGCGGCUGCGCACUGCAGGCGCUGUGGGCCUUUGCCCUGCAGAACCCCCGUGCCGUGCCACGCGCCGUGCAGGCGGUCCCCGAGGGUGACGACCGCCAGCUGCCCGUGUACACCUACAACAACAUCACCUGCGCAGGGCCGCCUGCCGUGGCCGGCCUCGACCUGCGGGACCUCGGCGAGGCCCACUUCGCUCACUGCUGACCUCGGGGCAGCCCCUCGGCGGGGCUGGCAGACCCCACGAUGCCAGCGGAGGCAGCCCCUCCCGGGAGCAGACAGGCCUGUGGGCUUCACCAGCCGCUGACCUCUGGGGCCACGUGGGCACCGACCAGCCGUCUCCAAGGCCUGACCAGGAAUUGGGGCAGAGCAGCCACUUGCCCCGUGCCCGCCUCGGCUGCCGUCAAUUAAAGCAACCUGACAAACACAGUGUGUG